AUGACAGAGGCUGGCCUAAAUACUGUCAAUCUCAGUCAGAUGACCACCUGGCAGCAGGUACUUCUAUGGCUUUUGAUAAUCAUCGGCUCUUCCAUCUGGGUGUCUAUUUGGACCGUCUUGGUCCGCAAGCAUGCCUUCGAAACGCGUUUCCAAGAGAUCGUGCGCAAGGAGCGCAAACGCAGUCUUGACCGGCGCAAUGCGAGUUUGACUCUUCUCCCCAUCACUCAUAGGCUCAGAUCCUUGGGUAGGAGUAGGGCAGUGCAGGACAGCGGUGAGGGUGCUCCUUGGGGGCAGCGCCCAGCUAUCAACCUGCCCAUCAUAUCUCGUCCAAGCGACAGGAGGUUGGUCUCUGCCAUUGUACCUCCACACCAGCAGUCUGGUGUCCGUACCAGCGGUUCUCUCACCCGCCCACACAGCGUGACCACGGCAGAAGACGUUGCGCCAGCUUCCGGCACUGCAGGUGCUGAAGGAAAUACGAGUACUUCAACUGCCACCGAGCACGUCGCUUUCGCCGACGAUCUUCAUUCCGCAGCCAGGUCGACGUCUAUAGCCCCUAGCGGUACCACUGCGCAAAGACACCUGUCCAACACCGACACGGCUGUUAAUCCUCGCAGCUACCUAAAGGGACAUAAAGUCGGACGCAAUGGCCAAUUUCACGGCCUGACAAGUGAAGAACGCGAGGAGCUUGGUGGCACCGAGUACCGAGCUCUGAAGCUUCUUUCUAUCAUCGUCCCGCUGUAUUUCUUUCUCUGGCAGUUUCUCGGAUGCAUCUCGCUCGGCGCGUGGAUUGCUAAUAACUUGCCGGGACCUGCCUUGGAGAAUGCCAUUUCACCCUGGUGGAAUGGCAUCUUCAAUGGCGUGUCUGCUUUUAACAAUAGCGGUAUGAGCGUGUUAGAUGCUAACAUGAUUCCCUACGGAAGCUCGUAUUUCGUACUCAUCGUUAUGGGUGCAAUGAUUCUCGCUGGUAAUACAGCGUAUCCCGUCUUCCUACGAUUGAUUUUAUGGAGCAGCUUGAAGAUGUUGAAGUGGGUGACCUAUGAUGAUGAUUUGGUAGAAUGGAAGGAGACGAUCGGGUAUAUUCUCAAAUACCCUCGCCGUGUCUAUACCAAUCUUUUUCCAUCACGCCAGACCUAUUGGCUUGUUUUCAUGCUCUUCGUGCUUAACGGUACUGAUUGGGUGGCAUUUGAGGUUCUAAACCUUGGCAAUUCUACUCUUGAGCAAACCCCUCUCGGGUCUCGCAUCAUCGAUGGACUCUUUCAAGCUCUUGCUGUUCGUUCAGGGGGCUUUUAUGUUGUAUCCAUCCCGACUCUGUUCAUCGGCCUACAGGUGCUUUAUGUUAUCAUGAUGUAUAUUUCGGUGUAUCCUGUUGUGAUAACAAUGAGGCAUUCCAACGUCUACGAAGAACGAUCGUUGGGGAUCUACGGGGAAGAUCCGAUCUACAGCGAUGCUUUGACUCGUUCUGUCUCGCACGGUCAGUCGAGCAGUAAGUCCCGGUCUCUAAGUCGGAUGGUCCGUGUCGCGUUUGCAGAAUGGUAUGGAGUUGGGGCUGCGCCGAACCAGCUAGAGAGCCGGAUUAGCUUCAUCAGCCACCAAAUUCGUGGGCAGCUCUCUCACGACCUGUGGUGGCUUGUUUUGGCGGUCCUGCUGAUUAUGAUCAUCGAAACGAAGCAUUUCCUUGAGGAUCCGGUUACCUAUUCGGUCUUCAAUGUCGUCUUCGAAGUGGUCUCCGCUUACGGAUGCGUGGGUAUUAGCAUUGGAUCGCCGAACGCAGCAUACAGCUUCAGCGGUGGACUUUAUCCUGGGAGCAAGCUAGUCCUUUGCGCCGUCAUGAUAAGAGGUCGACACCGCGGCUUGCCGGUUGCGCUUGAUCGCGCCGUCAGACUUCCCAGCGACGAUAUGCAUAUGGUCGAAGAGGAAGAUCAUCUUCAUGUUAUCGGAGCUAUCAGCUUCUCAAAACCGUUCGGAUACGUCGCGACUGGCGAUGACGAAGGGAUCUUCCGUCGACUUCAAAGGGCUUUCGAAUCUAUCGGCUGGGUUAAACGGGCUCCUACGUUUUUUCAAUUACACCAAAAACUAAUGCCUUACAUUGGGAAUUGGCUGGCUAGCAAUGACCGGAAUACCUACUUUUUCGAGCUCGCCUCUCGAGAAAUCAAGGCCCGAACGAACCGCGACGGCGAUUUUAAGGACAUUGUGAACCAGCUCUUUUCAGUACAGAAGGCGAAACCGGAGCUUGACGAUACUAAUAUAGCCUUCAUGAUGACUUCUAAUGUCUUUGCUGGAUCCGAUACUACGUCGACCUCAUUACGGGCAAUCUUUUACUUACUGCUGAAGAACCCAGAGACCUAUAACCGCCUUAGAGAGGAGGUGGAAAGUAAGAAACAGGCGGGGGUGUUAAGCAACCCUGUUACUUUCAAAGAAGCCGAAACUUGUUCAUAUCUCCAAGCCGUCAUGUACGAGGCAAUACGUUUAUAUCCAGUAGUCGGAGACCUUCUCGAUCGAAAUGUGCCGGAGGGUGGUAUGAUGAUCGAUGGAUAUUAUGUUCCAGCUGGAACUGUGGUUGGAACCAGCGCCUGGGUCCUUCACCGUUUACAAGAAAUCUGGGGCUCCGACGCAGAAGAGUUUCGUCCGGAGAGAUGGUUGGAUAAGGAGAACGAAGGCACCCUCAAGCGGUUUUUCUUCUCAUUUGGUGGCGGCUCCCGAACCUGUAUUGGAAGACAUAUAAGCUGGCUUGAAAUCAGCAAGCUCGUCCCAACUCUCCUUAUGUGCUUCGAUAUGAAGCUAGCCGACAAUGUGGAGAUAGAGGAGAAGCACGGCGGUCUCCUAUUCCUUGAUGGAUUAAUGGUUCACAUUACAUCGCGAGAAAUAUAA